GAACUACACAGCAGUCCGUCCUGGGCAGAGGCUGCUUGUCUUUUACGCCGCUGUUUUCUGAGCCCCUAAAACAAAAAACAAAAAAAAAGAGGUGUUUUUGACUUUUCAGAAAGUUGACAGCUGCAACUAUGCAGUCCGAAUCGGGAAUAGUUCCCGACUUCGAUGUCGCGGAGGAGUUUCAAGAGGAACCCAAAACGUAUUACGAACUAAAGAGUCAGCCGCUAAAAAACAGCAGCCCGUCAGACCAGCGCUGCUCCUCCAAACCCCCGCUGAACUCCUCCGGUGUGACAUCUCGGAUCCUCCUGCGGCAGCAGCUGAUGCGGGACCAGCUUCAGGAGCAGGAGCGGCGGGAGCAGCAGAGACAACAGGCCUCGCAUUACCCCCAAACUUCGGCAACCCAAACCCCUGCCAUCAAUGUCAAUGUUCCGGUUAGUUUGCCGCCUGCUGCCCAGGUGCCAAUGGAGGUACUGAAGGUCCAGACUCACUUGGAGAACCCAACCAAGUACCACAUCAAGCGGUCCCAGCAGCAGCAGGUGAAGCGGUACCUGGGAAAGCUUGGGUCUCAGCCUUUGAGCUUGCCCUGCCCCAACCAGUCUUCUGAGCACGGGGGAAUGCCGCCAGGGCCGGGCAAUAGCGCCCCUAACAGCCCUAUGGCCUUAUUGACCCUUAACUCUAAUUGUGAAAAAGAGAUGGACGAUGUCAUUGACGACAUUAUUAGUCUGGAGUCGAGUUACAGUGACGACAUCCUUGGCAUGAUGGAUCCUGGACUUCAGAUGGCAAACACGAUUCUUGUCCCUGCUAACCCCAUGGACAUGUACGGUAAUCAGGGAAUGCCCCAGCAAGGUCUGCCCAUCAGCAACUCCUGCCCCGCCAACCUGUCCAACAUCAAAAGGGAAUACUCCGUCUCACAAUCACCAGCCAUCAUGCACAUGCUGGAUAAAUCUGGAUCCUGUGGCAAAUUUGACAACUAUCAACGGCCUGAAGGCUUCCCAGUGGAGGCUGAAGUGAGAGCUCUGGCAAAGGAAAGACAGAAGAAGGAUAACCACAAUUUGAUUGAGAGAAGACGACGGUUUAACAUCAAUGAUCGAAUCAAAGAAUUGGGGACCUUAAUUCCAAAGUCGAAUGACCCGGACAUGCGCUGGAAUAAAGGCACCAUCCUAAAGGCUUCAGUGGACUACAUCAGGAAGCUACAGCGGGAACAGCAAAGGGCCAAAGAGCUGGAGUGUCGUCAGAAGAAACUAGAACAUGCCAAUCGGCAUUUGAUGUUAAGGAUACAGGAGUUAGAGAUGCAGGCUCGGGCUCACGGACUCGCCAUCGUGAAUUCCACGCCGUGUUCCGCUGACCUCGGAGCCCGGACCAUCAAACAGGAGCCCUCUAUCGGAGACUGUCAUCGGGACAUGUACCAGCUCCACCCUUACCGCCAGCACCACCCUGGCUGCGCCUCAGAUGCACCCAGCAGCCUGGAGCUAAACGAAGGCCACUAUACCGUUCACGCCAAGGCGGAGUCCAAACUGGGUGACAUCCUCAUGGAGGACACCCUGUCGCCGGUGAGAGGGGGGGACCCGUUGCUCUCCUCCGUCUCCCCAGACACGUCACCUUACAGCAGCUGUAAGAGCAGCGUCAGCAUGGAUGAGAAGGAGCAGGGCUGUUAGCACCCGCUACUGGAACACGCCCCACCUGCAUCUUCACCGUCUCCAUUCUGCUUCCAGCGUUCACGUGAGCUGCUAAUGCGCGCUGAGCUACUGGAGAAGCUUCUCUUCUUCAUAUUGUCAGUUUCCUUCUCCGUUUGUGUUUAAUGUAUUGCCUCAUUAUACCUUCAACCUUAAUUUCAAGGACUGAUUUUUAAAGUACCAGUUUGAUUAGUUUAAUCAAUAUGUUGGUGACAAUGAGCUAUAAAAUAGAUGUUUUUAUAUUUUAAAAAAUAUUCCUAUGUAUAUCUUUAGACAGAGCUUCUGCUUAUUUCUACUGAUUCCAAAGAAUCUUGGGAAGUUCAAAAUCACAGUCAGAAAUACAGAUUCAAAGCUUUUUAAAUCACUAGCAA